UUCUCUAUGAAUUAUGGGUGGGACACACAAGAGACCCAUAUUUAUAUAAUAGUAACUUAUAUUCGUAUCAUUUAAAAGCUCAUUCUGUGUACGGCGGCUGAACAGCGAUUCAUGAAAACUAUAACAUCGGAACUUGUCAAGUCUUGAGAAACUUUAAAAGCUACAAGUAGUGAGCGAACCAGGAAAUAACGCAGUGUAGUCAUAAUGGUGUAGUCCAGACUAUGGACUCCAGACAUGGUGCUGAAAUAAAACACGGAUGAUCACGACGGUUACGAGGACAUCGCACUUGAAAUAAAUAAAAUUAAAUCCGGAACCAUUUGAGCGUUUCUGUAGCUGACCUCUAAACUAGGCUACGUAAUUUCACGAAGAUUUUUCGAAAACAAGCAGAAGAUGGAUACAUUUUUGAAAGUGGUUGGUUACCAUAUGAUUAUAAUGAGCGUCGGAGCUCGGGCAGAGUACCUUGUAGAUCAACCGCAGAACAGGUCACGGCUUCACCAACGCCACCUCGCAAGUUUGCCCUCUGUUCGAGAUAUCGUGGUGAAGGAGGGUUCCAGUGCGCUCAUUGAAUGCAACGUGACUGGAAGCAGUGAAGAUAUUAUGUGGUACAACUCUAAGGGGCACGUAUUGGAUAACGAGGAAGGAGGGGGGAGAUGGGUGAUUAUGGACGAAGGCAUUUUGAAUAUCACUGCGGUCACGUUUGAAGACAGAGGCAGGUACACGUGUGUAGCAUCAGGCCCCUCUGGGACCGCGAACUACACGGUCACGCUGCGGGUGGCCUACACGCACAGCGGGCUGGGCCUGUACUACGUGAUAGUGUGCCUGAUCGCGUUCACCAUCACCAUGAUCCUCAACGUCACCCGCCUGUGCAUGGUGAGCAGCCACCUGCGCAAGACGGAGAAGGCCAUCAACGAGUUCUUCCGCUCGGAGGGCGCCGAGAAGCUGCAGAAGGCCUUCGAGAUCGCCAAGCGCAUCCCCAUCAUCACCUCAGCCAAGACGCUGGAGCUGGCCAAGGUCACGCAGUUCAAGACCAUGGAGUUCGCCCGGCACAUCGAGGAGCUGGCCCGCAGCGUGCCGCUCCCGCCCCUCAUCUUCAACUGCCGGGCCUUCGUGGAGGAGAUCUUCGAGACCGUGCACCUGGCCGGCGACCCCGCCCAGCCCCGCCGCGGGGUCCGGCAGCAGCUCGCCAUCGGCGCCGGGCCCGGCGGUGCCAACGCUGACGAGCCGGCGCCGCCGGCGCCGCCGCAGGGAGGAGGAGAGGAGGAGGAGGAGGAGAGGAGGAGGUCCUGAACAAGAGCAGCCUGGACGUAGAGGUCUCUAUGCACCCCCAGACCGAGUGCCCGGAUGGGGGUACUGAACCCGCCUCCGAUUCCCAGGAGGAGGGGAGCGUGUGUGUCCCCAUGUUGGCUCCAGAUGCCCAGGAGGAGGGGAGCGUGUGUGUCCCCAUGUUGGCUCCAGAUGCCCAGGAGGAGGGGAGCGUGUGUGUCCCCAUGUUGGCUCCAGAUGCCCAGGAGGAGGGGAGCGUGUGUGUCCCCAUGUUGGCUCCAGAUGCGCAGGAGGAGGGGAGCGUGUGUGUCCCCAUGUUGGCUCCAGAUGCCCAGGAGGAGGGGAGCGUGUGUGUCCCCAUGUUGGCUCCAGAUGCCCAGGAGGAGGGGAGCGUGUGUGUCCCCAUGUUGGCUCCAGAUGCCCAGGAGGAGGGGAGCGUGUGUGUCCCCAUGUUGGCUCCAGAUGCCCAUGAGGUUAUAUGAGCUAUAAUUUAGUGUUACAAUGCGCUGUUCACAGCUCUGAGACUGAAGCCAGAAAGGUGGCUGGAGAAAGAAAAACCGCGUCGUUCCAUUUUCUCACCAUGAUCAGUAAAGUGUUUUUUUUUUUGUUGUUUUUUUAGUUUUUUUUUUUAAUCACAGGCUGUAAAGUUCCAGGUUUAUGUAACAAGCAAAUUGGAUUGUUCAGCUGUGCAGUGGCCAGGAUCUUAUUUGGCCCGAGUGAUCCUUUAUUUUCUGUUGGCGGUGAAAACAAAAAGGAUUGCGGUUUGGCUUGUUAAAUCUUGUAUUAUUUGCAUUGGGGUUUUUUUCCCCCUUCACCAUAAAAUGGCAGUUUAGACAGUUUUAAUUUAGUGUGAUUGGUGCUGUAAUGAGGAGGGUAUUUUGGUGAGUGUUUGUGUUCAACAUUGUGAGUGGCUGUACAUUGCCACUGUCAAGGGUGAGCUUGGUUUUCUUACGAUGUGUGGAGACUUUAAUAGUGACAAUGGCAUGCUAAAUGACUCAGUGCUUGAAUAUGAUGCCAAAUUGACCCAUUAGAAUGCAUUACCUUCGGUUUGUAGGCUACAGUCAUUUAGGGGUAACUUGCAACCAUUGGCUGAAUUUUAAGAAGCAGGAGUUAUGAGUACGAUUUGUCUUCAGCAAUCAUAAUGUGUAAUUAUGUAUUCUUAAUACAACUCGAAAAACGAGAAUUAUAGCCUACAUACCAUAACAGUUUUUUUUGCAGUGUAUUCCACAUUGCCUCUCAUUUACUGAUCUGAGGCGCUUAGGGUUUCUUUCUUUCAGUGUAGUGAUGUUAUUUUUUUACAAUGACAUUUGUGGCAGUUAAAUUUUUUUUUUUUAAGUAAACGUCUCUGGGGUGAUUAAGUUGUGAAUGAAGAACUUGAAUGCAACGAGGCCAUUUUGCCAAGCGGGGGCGCUGUGACACAAAAAAUGAACACACUCAUGCCAUCUGUUGAGCUCUGCUGAAUGGGUGGAAGUAUGUAAAAAUAGACUGCGUUAUAUAAGGGAUGCAGCAGCAGUACAAACCUUCACUAUUUCCCUUCUAGAUUCCCUCUAAUGACACCAAGCAGCAGCAAAGCUGACUAUGUGUACACCACACGUUGCUCUGUUACCCCUCAAAACUGGAAUAACUCAAUGGGGGAAGACGCGCUUACACUCUAUUUACUUCCGUUUCAUGUGAGGUCAUUAGCACCUUGAAAUGACUCAUACAUUUUUACCUGUGUAAUGGCGAUGGCAUCAUAUUGGGCCUUUCACAAUGCAUGGGACUAUCACUAGGGUAUUAGAUUUCAUGACAAAAAAAAUGUAAUACCUUUAAUACCUGCUUGUUGUUCCAGUGGGCCAAGUGUUUCCAGUUAAACUCGCAUUUGGGAUCAGUUUAAUUUUCAAGUGAAUGUUUGUCAGUGAGAUGAGCCUUGUGACCUCAUUUUGUCUUCAGAAUCACAUGUGAUUUUAGCUGCUCGGUUCCUUUGGUACAGAAGGCUGUUGGGAUUAUUAUAUUUUUUUUUGUGGACUUUGGUUGGCUGGCUGGCAGUGCGCUCAGCCAGAGCUCCGAUCCCCAGAUCAGCUCCAGAUCUGCAGUCGAGCCCUGACUGUGCCAGUGCCCACUGCGGCCAAGAGUGCCAGGGACGGGCAGAGCUUGCCAAUCGGCACAGUACCCACCCCCCCUCGCCAUGCACCCCCUCCCCCUCGCCAUGCACCCCCCCUCGCCAUGCAACGAUGACUCUGGUCGAUUGGGGGGUGGGGGUGGGGUGGGGGGUGGGAGGUGGGAGGGACUCCCACCCCAGGCUCCCCCACAGCGCAGGGACAGCCAUGCUGGUGGACUGCAGUGAACUGAUGCAUUAUGGGAUUGGUUGAGUUAUUCUAAAGGGGAAUAUGGGGAAAUGGAGAUAAAGUGUUUUGUUUUUUUUACUUCAUGAAUGAUGUCUGAUUUUACCCCAGCAGUAUAUUUUAAGUAAUCUAGUAGAGCAGGUUGUUCAAAGGUUGGUUUGCACAAGUGCAUGUAUUUAUUAAGAAAAUGAUGCAGGUCGGGUAAUUGUGUGCCAAAAAAAAAAUGGUGUUGGACAUGUGACUUCUGAAAGCUUACGCCCACUCGACCCUUCCCAGAUUGAGAUGGGACGACCACGCGAUAUCCAAAUCAUUCACUGAGGUCAUUAAGGUUAUUAAUGUAUCCAUUGCCUAAGGAGGUGGCUUCAGAAAACCCCAGUAUCUCUUGGUGUUGGAGAGUGAAACUAGUGUAUAGAAAAAAGACAUAAGUCUGGAAGAAACUCACAGCUCUGUUUAUGCAGCAGGUCUGAGUAAUGCGGGAAAGCUGUGCCACCAAGCUGUUUCAGCGCCGUGUGCGUGUGCGGUUCAUUACGAUUCGAUCUUUCCGCCCAGGUACUGCUGGGAUGAGUCACAGGUGGCCUGUGAAGUAAACUGAGCGUUGAGAUCAUCGCUGAGAGAGCAAAGCUCUUAAACUGCAGGCGGGGCUGUGGAGAGCCUGGCGGUUCUGCCGGUCUGAUCCUACAUCUGCUAAAGAGAAAACACUAAAAAAAAAUGCUGCUCUGUUGCUAAAGGAGGGAGGUGACCUUUAUACACUUUUCUUUACAUUUUGUUUUUAUUGCUUUACUGUUGUGAAUUUGUACUGAGGAAUAAUCUGGAGAAUAUUCAUCUGGUUGCAGCAGAUAUUUCAGAAUAACGGCUUCAUAUCACUGCCUUAUGCUGUCGGAAUGUUAAAUGAAUAUGUGUGAACAUAUGGUGAAUUUAGGGAGGAGGAGCACUCAUCUGCCUCUCCUCAUUACUGAAGGACGAUGAAGAGAUGCAGCGAAGGAGCGGGCUAGUGGAUUUAACACUCCAUGAAUGGGACCGCUGUGUGCUUGUGUGCGUGGGUGUGUUUCUGUUUGUGUGUCUGUGUGUGUGUGCGCAUGUUCUGGUGUAUGGGUGCGUGUGUGUGCACUGAGUCAUAAUAUUUAGAGUGGUAUGUUGAAGAUGCAGCUGUUUUAAAGGGAUAUUCUUACUCCAGAGCGUUGCAGGGAGGUAUAAGGGUGUCUGUGUUUACUGUUUAGGCUGGUUUCUUCAUGAGUCUUUUAGUGCUAGUCCGGGACAAGUGGAAGGACGACAGGGUCUGUCAUUUGGACUUGUGCGAACUCACUGCCGCAUGGUAUUUUCCCCCUUUGAGCUGUGAGAUCGCAAAUGUGAUUAGAGUUUUCUUAACCGAACAUUCCAAUGCUGAUGUCACAAACACUACUGGAGUUUGAAAGCAACUGGGGGUUCUAGAACACUGAUUUUAAAAAGAACAUUCCGAAAAAGCCUACCCUUCAAAGGGUUAACAGAUUUCAGGGGUUUGAAGAUUCUGUCCUGGGACAGGUUGGUCUCGGUGCAGAAGCUGUCUAUUGCCGCACUUUCAAACUCAAUACGAAAUGCUGCCUUGAUGCACCAAGCAAACACUAAAAUACCAAAGCCCUGCCCAUUGCAUCCUCAAAAUGGAUGCCCUUGGUGGCCUAGCUUGGAUUCCCUCGUCCGUAUGUCCGUAUGUGUUCUGAAGGGAGCGUGUGCCCCAUGGUGGACAGACAUUCUCCUCAGAUGACCAAGUUCAUAUUCACAUUCCUCAUUUCACCAGCAAAGAAAUGUAAAAUAUCCAAAGGACGCUGCAUCGAUUAAUCCCGUCUCUCAGGGGAUCUUAUGAGAAUCUGUGUGUGUCUGCAUAUAUUUUCAAGAAAUGUAAUAUUAGAACAUCUAGACUGGAAGUGCGAAGCCACAGUCGUUAAUUUCCAAAGUAAACGCAAGAAGGAAGACACGUUUUAAUGUAUGCUGAAAGAAUUUCACUGGAAAGUCAAAGCUUAGAAGUUCAAAAGUUCAGAAAGUCAGACGUUGGAAGAGUUAUAAAUGAGUAAAGACCAUGGGCUGCUUUCUUGCAGCUGGAGAAAUUCAGCUCAGAAUGAAGCCGGGGGUAGACUGGCAUGUCAGUGCCCUGGUGAACAUGCUCCAUUUUUACACACCUUCAUGGAAGGUGUCAGAGGAGAUGGUGUUAACUCAGACUUCCAAAUCUGCUGUGCAUACCAGAACUGUACCUUUAAAUUUCAGAAAUAGAAGUUUACUUGUAAAAAAUAAAAAAUAAAAAAAUGUGAAGACUCUAAAUAGACGAGCCAUUUAAAAUGGAAGUGUAAAUGAAACUAUUAAAGCUAACGUCGAUGGAAGAAUGUACACUUGUAAACACAAUUUAGGCCAGUGUUGCUUUGAUGCUUUUACGUAACAUGGUCUCCUUUUCCCCCCAUUGUAACCCCUUAUAGAAACUCCUCCGAGAUGUGUGUGAAUUGUGUUUUAUAAAAACGCUCGUAGAUCAAUUCGCUCUGUGCCAUGAUUUCUGGAGCCAUUGCUUGGUUGAUAAAAAAAAAAAAAGCAGAACAGGGUGUGAUAUUCAUGUUUUUGCAGAAAUGCAGUCAUAUUUACAUAAUCUGUGUAAUCAGUCUUGCCAUCUCUGCUGUUGGGCUUAGGAGGGUCUCUCUUUUAAACGCAAAUGAAGGUUCCAACGCCACGAUGUUUACGCUGUGAAUCUGUGAAUGUGUUCACUUUCUUCCUGUGGAUUCAGUGGUUAUGGAAAUGCUUGUGUUUGGGUGCUCUGUUUUCACUGUGAAUGUCAUGGGUGUGGAUUUAUUUUUAUCUUUAAGUGAAGUAACUUGCAAGUGAAGCGUUGAAAAUGUUUAAUAAAAAUGUGAUUUUCCGUU